AUUACCAUGCUUAUCGAUUCAGGAUCAAAACACAAUCUAAUCGAUGACACGACGUGGGAAAUUAUGAAACUUCAAGAUGUGCAAAUACGAAAUGAACGGUUUGAUCAUGACAAACGAUUUUUGGCAUACGGUCGUGUCCCACUAAAGCUGGUUACAGUCUUUGAUGCAAAUCUAGAAAUAAAUGACGGAGGGAAACUACUAAGAACUAAUGCUGUCUUCUACGUCAUCGAAAAGGGUCAACAGCCAUUGUUAGGCAAGAUAACGGCGCAGCAAGUGGGAGUGUUACAGGUUGGUUUGCCCAGUUCAAAAAAUGCCACCAUUAGCAGAGUCGACACUAUCAAGGAGCCGUUCCCCAAAAUGAAGGGAAUCACCCUAAGCUUACCUAUCGACAGAACAGUUUCACCCGUUAUUCAACCCCUUCGUCGCUGUCCGAUCCCACUUUUGCAACAAGUCGAAGCCAAAUUGAAAGAACUGUUACAGUUAGACAUAAUCGAGAAAGUAACCCAACCGACAUCGUGGGUUUCUCCACUGGUCCCGAUUUUAAAAGACAACGGUGAACUACGACUGUGUGUAGACAUGCGAAAAGCAAAUCAGGCUAUCCAAAGACUCAAUCACCCCUUACCAAUUUUUGACGACAUGCUUCCAAGAUUUAGGAAUGCCAAACUAUUUACGACUUUGGACAUAAAGCAGGCCUUUCACCAGGUAGAACUGUCGGAAGACUGCCGCGAUGUAACUACGUUUAUAACAAAUUGGGGACUAUAUCGUUAUAAACGGCUUCUUUUUGGCGUGAACUGUGCUCCGGAGCUGUUUCAGAACCUUAUGGAAAGUGUUCUCGCUGAAUGUGAAAACACAGUAGUUUUCAUAGACGAUAUUAUGAUUUUUGGUUCGACAGUUGAAGAGCACGACCUGGCGGUAAAGCAUACGCUAGCUGUCCUUAAUCGAUAUGGCAUCCUUUUGAACAUUCACAAGUGUAAGUUCAAGCAAACAGAAAUAUCAUUCCUAGGUCACGUGCUUUCUCCAGAUGGAGUGACACCGUCUCAGGAAAAAGUUAAAUCGAUCCAACGGUUCAGAACCCCACAAUCAAAAGAGGAGUUACGAAGCUUUCUAGGUUUAGUAACCUAUGUAUCUCGUUUCAUACCGGAUUUGGCCACUUUAAACCACCCUCUUCGUGAAUUGCUGAAGCUAAAUACACCCUAUGAUUGGCAGCCACAGCACCAGGAAUCAUUUGAUCAGCUCAAACGUAUGAUAGGGUCCAUCCAUCACUUGGGUUACUAUGAUCCGAAAGAUCGAACGUUACUUGUUACGGAUGCCUCGGGAGUCGGACUGGGUGCUGUGUUGAUACAGUUUAAGAACAACAACCCCAGAGUCAUUGGAUACGCCUCAAAAAGCCUUUCCGAAACUGAAAAAAAGUACCCUCCAAUCGAGAAGGAAGCUCUAGGUAUUGUGUGGGGAGUGGAGCGCUUCAGGAUUUACCUUCUUGGAAUACAUUUUGAGCUGGAAACGGAUCAUAGGCCGCUCGAAACGCUUUUCACGGUCAAUUCACGACCCACGGCGCGAAUUGAGCGCUGGAUGCUAAGAAUUCAAGCCUUCAAGUUCAAAGUUGUUUACCGGAAAGGUUCAGCAAACAUAGCUGAUACUUUGUCGAGACUCGGAGCGCACAUUCCAGACACUGAAUGGUCGGAUGAAUGUGAAGUGUUUAUUCGUCGUGUGACAGUUAAUGCGUUGUCUACCUUGGCAAAUUGUUGUCAGAUUUCAGAUUUCGAUCCUGAUGCAGAAAUUUAUAUUCGAACCAUACAGGAAGCUGCCGCAAUUGAUAUUGAGGAAGUAAUUCAGGCUACCGCCUCGGAUCAAGAGAUGCAAAAUUUAAGAGCGUGUAUCGAGAAUGACUCCUGGAGCCGUGAAGAUUUGAAGCAAUACAUUCCAUUUCGUAAUGAAUACACAUAUGUGAAUUCAGUUAUCCUGAGAGGAUCCAAACUCGUCAUACCCAAAGCUCUACGACCGAGAAUGCUACAGUUGGCUCACGAAGGGCACCCGGGGCAAUCAUUGAUGAAGAGGCGUCUGCGUGAAAGAUGUUGGUGGCCUGGCAUAGAUCAAGCAGCAGUACAGACAUGUGAAACCUGUGAAGGAUGCCGUUUGGUACAGCUUCCUGAUCCGCCUGAACCAAUGAUGCGACGGCAAUUACCCGAUCGACCUUGGGUCGAUAUAGCCAUAGACUUUCUUGGACCAAUGCCAUCGUCAGAAUACAUUCUGGUGGUCAUCGACUAUUACAGCAGAUACAUGGAAUUGGAAAUAAUGAGCAAAAUCACUGCUCAGGAGACAAUCAAACGAUUACAACGCGUUUUCCGUAUCUGGGGACCACCAAGAACGAUCACACUGGAUAACGCCAAGCAGUUCGUUUCUUGCGAAUUUCAAGAGUUCUGUAAAAUAAACGGCAUUCAUCUCAACCAUACCUCUCCGUACUGGCCCCAGGCAAAUGGGGAGGUCGAACGCCAGAACAGGUCGUUAUUAAAGAGAUUGAAAAUCGCUCAUGCUCUUUAUGAUGACUGGAAAGCUGAGCUCAACAGCUAUCUAGAUCUGUACAACAACACACCGCAUUCUGUUACUGGAAGAGCCCCCAGUGAGCUUCUGCAAAACAGGAAGCUGCGCACAAAACUACCGUGUGUUGACGACCUUCAGACUAUUCCCCAGUAG